GUCUCCGAGACUCACCGCCGCCUCCGCCCCUCCCGCGGGUGGGUGGUCGCUUCCUUUCGCUCCCCGUCACACUUUGCAGACGCUCCCCGGCGCCGGGCAUGGGCGCCGCCGCCGUCGGUCCCCGGGCCGGAUUCCGCGCGCGGUGGCCCUGAGGCGCUCAGCUGCCGGGGUCUGCAGAAGGCCGCGCCAUGAACAGCCGGAGGAGGCCAGUGAAGAAGGACAGCGAGGCCUUGGAGAUUUCCAUCCCCUUCGAUGAGACGCCCCACCUGGACCCGCAGAUCUUUUACAGCCUGAGCCCCUCUAGGGGGAACUUCGAGGAGCCGUCGGAGGCUGCUUCCCCGACAGCGGCCCUGAUGAACAGCGUCCGGGCCCAGCUGCACCUGGCCCUGGAGAGGAACUCCUGGCUGCAGAAGCGCAUUGAGGACCUGGAGGAGGAGCGGGACUUUCUGCGGUGCCAGCUGGACAAGUUCAUUUCCUCUGCCCGCCUGGACGCAGACGACCACUGCCGGGGGAAGCCCGGGCCUCGGCGGGCCGAGGGGGACGGCCGAGGGGGGACCGGGGGCGAGGCCUCAGACCCCGAGUCAGCUGCCUCCUCCCUCAGCGGAGCAUCUGAAGAAGGCAGCACCGUGGAGAGGAAGAGGCAGAAGCAGAAAGGAGGCCCAGGCCGGCGGCGCUUCGGGAAGCCCAAGGCCCGGGAGAGGCAGCGGGUGAAGGACGCGGAUGGGGUCCUCUGCCGCUACAAGAAGAUCCUGGGCACCUUCCAGAAGUUGAAGAGCAUGUCUCGGGCCUUCGAGCACCACCGAGUGGACCGCAACACGGUGGCGCUGACCACGCCCAUCGCGGAGCUGCUCAUCGUGGCCCCGGAGAAGCUGGCUGAGGUGGGCGAGUUCGACCCCUCCAAGGAGCGCCUGCUCGAGUACUCGCGCCGCUGCUUCCUGGCCUUGGACGAGGAGACCCUCAAGAAGGUGCAGGCCCUCAAGAAGAGCAAGCUGCUGCUUCCCAUCACGUACCGCUUCAAGCGGUGAUCCCACCCGACCUGGCCUGGCGCCCGCCCUCCAGCUCCUGCUUCCCUCUCCCGGCGCUCGGGGCCCGCGUGUGCACGGGCGGUGGGCCCCCACGAGGGCAGCUCGUUUCCGCUCGGACCGCCACCCCCUCCCCAGGCCCCCUGUAUAUAGGUCUGUCCCCUGGGUCUCUCACAGCCCUAGAGUCUACCCUGCCCUCCGCCUUCCCUGGGUUGGGGGCGGUCCUCGCCUAGUCCCGCUUCCAAGAGAACCACCAUCCAGGGCCCGGUUCUGUCUUCCCUGACCACUGGCACCCCCGCAUCUGAGCGGCACCAUCCUGCCCUCGCUGGGCCCUC